GGCUGUCUCUGGUUCUCUGGUUCUGAGAGCCUUUUCCGCCUUCCAAAGCUCUCUCCCUCUCUCUCUCUCUCAAAAGUCCUCCUUUUUCACGUUGAAGUACACUUUCGUCUCCAUCCCUCGUCCGCUUCCUGCCCCGAACAGUACAAUGACAAGAUGUAACGGUGCGGAUUUCAAACGACACAACAGCCCGAACAGAGAGCAGAACAGGCCUGGUAAUGGCGCUACUCAUCGGCAGCAUGUGAGUCGUAGUUGAACAGCCUCUUGACCGCAAUCCUGCAGUCAAUCCCCCCCCUUCCCUCCUUCCCUCCUUCCCUCCUUUUUCCCCCUCCCUCCUCUGUCGUUCUCACGGCGCGCCUCCUUUGUGCCCCGAAACUGGAACAGCAUAUAUAGUAGGGACCCAAACGGCAAGCCCGAGGCUACGGAAAAGAUACAUUCGUUCCUCCGCAAGACCCUUUGAGCAAAACGAUGGAUCUCGCGGCUCCCAAAUGGUAUUACCGUCAGGACCCAUCGGAGUAUUCAUCUCAUAGGGCAUCGAUGGACUACGGGAGGAGCUCAAGCAACAACCCUUUCGUGGACGUGGACACGUCGUUCCCUGACCCACUUUGCAAGCUUAACCUCAGGGAGACGUCCGAGUUCGUCAAGUCAUUCCCUGUUGUGGGAACAAUGAGCUGUAACAACAGCAGCAGCAACAGCAGCAACCCAACAGAGGUCGAGGGCAUUCUUGAGGUUUCAGCGCAGAGGAGGAGGGAUGGCGUGAGCUCGGUCACGAGCAGGAGGACAGAUACCACCGCUACUCUGCUUCAGGCUCCUUCAACCCCGGGGAGGCCUGUGUUCGGCUUCAGCGUGGGCAAAAACUUGUCCAGGAGGAGCUUCCCUUCCAAGUGGGAUGAUGCAGAGAAGUGGCUCAUGAGCAGCUCUUCUUGCCACGGCUCGCCCGCGCAUGCCCUGAAGCCGCUUGAGCCACCAAGAAUAUCCAGGCACUGCGAUGGGUUCAGGCACAGCAACAGCAACGUCGAGGUCUUUGCGGAGAAGUCAAGGGUCACCGAGGAAGUAGUCUCAGUGGUCUCUCAGUUUCAGGGGUCUCAGUCUUUGGGCCAUGAAAUUCCAGCCGGAGCAUUGAAUGGGGUCUCACCUGCCUCCGCAGAUGUACUCCUAAAAGACAAGUUCACGGACGAUGUGGACACCAUAUUGCCAAAAUUCAGAUGCACCGACCCAUCCAGAGAAGGCUUCUUGUUCAGGAACUCAGCUGGUGAGAACAUGAAAGAUGCAGGCACAGAGGUCCACCACAGAGACGCAGGCACAGAGAUGACUCCACUGGGCAGCUCCACCAACUCCAGGUGUCCCACCCCGUACAAGGUCUCGUCCCCACCGAGGCACAACACACCGGCCGAUCGGUCAGGCCCAUUGGGCAUGGACACUUGCCAUAACAACAAUGGUGGAAUCACCGCCAUUGACAUGAAUCAGCUCAAGGAGUGCCACCUGGCGAAGCUUCAGCUUGGGACACAGUAUGACUCCAUCGCCUCCAUCUGGAGCUCCAGGGAAGAGGAGGAGGAGGAUAUUUCGAAGAGCUUGAGGCAUUUUGAGACCAACAACGCUAAUGGGUUUCAGAAAUUCGGUGUUUCAGAGUCCAGAACGGGCGCUGCAUCAUGGGAGGACGAGGAGAAGAUGAAGUGCUGCCUCAGGUACCAGAGGGAAGAGGCAAAGAUUCAAGCUUGGUUGAACCUUGAGAGUGCAAAAGCUGAAGCUCAGUCCAGAAAGCUUGAGGUUAAAAUUCAAAAGAUGAGAUCAAACCUAGAAGAGAAGCUGAUGAAGAGAAUGGCAAACGUGCACAGAAAGGCAGAGGAGUGGCGAGAACAAGCCAGGCAACAGCACAGUGACCAGAUUCAGAAGGCAACUGAACAAACCAAGAAGAUCAUCGACCACCACCACCACCGCCAAGAUUCCCAUUUUUCUGGCUAUGCCUCAUGUGGUUGCUUCCCCUGCACUAGCUAUCACUGAUCACAAGAAAGUGCAUCUACUUUUUCCUUUUCGAUCCUUGGGCGCUUCCGGGUCUCUUGAGUCGACACAACCGUUUCCCUUUCCCUGCACAAUUCUAUAGUCUUCGUUUUUAACGAGGGAUGGUUGACAAGAGCUUACUGACGAGACAGAACAGCCAGCUCAGCAGUCGACACCUAGAGCUCAAAAGAGGAUUCUUUCGUAGAAUAGGUGAGGCUCGUGUACAGGCACAUGGUGCCUUCACAGUGAGAACUUUAACUGAUUUAAAAGGCUCUGACAGAUGAGCUUCUGAGGCGUGGUCGUGGAACCGUUUCCUUCACUUGUCAUGUUGAGGCCUGGCACCUU